CCUCCCCACUGAUACGUGUUUCCCCAGUGGAAUUCUCCAGUAGAGAGUAUUAAUUGUUGUUGAAGCAAAAUAGAGCUCAAAGGCACAACAAAACAUUACUUUAUUACACACAAUUUUGACUAAAUGGUGAAGCAUUUGCCUCGAUUUCAGUUCCCUAUAAGCCUAAAUUCAACUGCCUCUUCUUCUCCUGGAAUCCCGCUUACUUCAUCGCACCUUCAUCCUCCAUUUGCCCUUAUUAAAAUAUCUUUAUUUUUUCCACUGGCCAUGUUUUCUCUUACAGUUUAUAUGGUUUUCUCAGAUUCACGCUUUCCAUUUGCUUUGCGUACUCUUCAAAAAGCUCACUAUUUGUGUUCUCACGUCUUUUUCGUGACCUCUUUUGCUGUACCUAGGUGCUUGCACUAUUGUACGGAAACCCAAGGAACGAUUUUGGGAUUGCUUAAUUUAUUGUCAAACAGGGUAUUUUUAGCUGUUGCUCCUAUAUGUAGUAGCUGAGAUUGGGAAAAUCUUUUCUGGGCAUUGAAAGAUUUUGAGUUCUUGAUUGGAAUCUGGAAGUUUCUGAAGAUUUAUUGGUUAAUUCAAUGUCCUCUGCGGUUAAGUUGGAAUCAAUUAUCUGUGAUGACGGUGAGGAGCCAGGUCAUAUAUCUGUAAAUGGACAGGUAGCAUUUGCCAAAAGACUAAAUGUGGUACACAAAAUACUUGACGGAUUCCGUAGGAAAGGGGUAUGGUCGGCUGGCAAGAUAUCAAUUGCUGCAGAACGAAGAGCAGCUAGUGACAGGUUUUCCAAAAGCAAUCAAGCUGUGGAUAGCGAAGAAAAAAGGGAACAUGGAUCUGGAAGAAAAUCUGGCCCUCUUUUGUCUGGAACUGCAUAUUGCCUUUCUUCUUGUUGCAUGAUCCUGCUGAAUAAAAUUGUCCUUUCAAGUUAUUCUUUCAAUGCUGGUAUCUCGUUGAUGUUCUACCAGAACCUUAUCAGUACUCUUAUAGUUUGUAUACUGGGUUGCUCUGGAGCAGUUACUGUGGAGAAGCUUAAUUGGAAGCUCAUUAAAGUUUGGAUCCCCGUGAAUUUGAUCUUCAUUGGCAUGCUUGUUUCAGGCAUGUAUAGUUUGAAAUACAUAAAUAUUGCAAUGGUGACAAUUCUGAAGAAUGUGACAAAUAUUUUAACAGCAACUGGAGAGUUAUAUAUUUUUGGGAAGCGACAGAAUCAGAAAGUGUGGACUGCCAUGUUUCUUAUGAUUAUCUCUGCUAUAUCUGGAGGCAUAACAGACCUCUCAUUCGACGGGACGGGUUAUGCUUGGCAAUCAGUUAAUUGCAUUCUCACUGCAGGCUACUCACUCACACUGCGACAUGUCAUGGACAGAGCAAAGCAAUUUACAAAAUCUGGAUCGCUUAACGAAGUUUCAAUGGUAUUACUGAACAAUGGGAUAUCUAUACCUUUUGCUAUCGGCUUGAUCUUCCUGUUUGAUGAAUGGAAUUAUGUAAUUAAUGCGGAUGUAAUUAAGAUUCCAAUGUUCUGGGUUGCUGCAACAGCCAGUGGAUUGCUUGGGCUAGCCAUUAGCUUCACAUCUAUGUGGUUUUUGAAACAAACUGGUCCAACCACUUACAGUCUUGUAGGUUCCUUAAACAAGAUUCCCAUUUCAAUUGCUGGCCUUUUGGUGUUCAAGGUUCCUCUCAGUGUUCCCAAUUUAUUCAGCAUACUUUUCGGUCUACUUGCUGGAGUACUUUUUGCCAGGGCCAAGAUGUCUUGACACCGUGCUACACUCGGGUCCGAGAUAGGCGAUCUACCGCUUGGAAACUCAAAUAGCGUGCAUAUACAGAUUGACUAACAAUAAAAACUCUAAAACUCCAACAGAAUCACACAAGGAGUUCCUUCCCCUAUACAAGUCAGUGUAGGCAGUAGUAGGAGCCGAGAGCAAGAUACCAUAUUUAGUUACUCCUAUUUAUUUGGUCUGUCAGAUGCUCAUUCCAGGGAAAUGAAGCAUCUAUCAAUUUUGGUUUUUGUGAGCAGUAGUUAUUCAAUUCAGUCAUCUGAAAACCUUUUUCUUUUUCUGGAAUAAGGUCAAACUACAAAAAAUGCAUAUAUAACUACAUACACUGUAGAAAGGGAUAAAAGAAUUCCCUAUGGAUUUGGUGAAAAUAAUAUGACAGUAUCAGUUCGAGUUUGA